UAUCGGUUAACCCCUGCUUGGCUGGGCUGGCUGGAGCUCCGCGGGCCGGAACCCGCGAGUCGGGGCUCCCCAGCCACACCCCUCGCGGGAUUUAAAGGGGUAGGAGGGGCUGGGCCCGGUCGAAUCCCGAACCUAGGGAGCGGGCAUGAGGCGCUGCCCGUGCCGGGGAAACCUGAGCGAGGCGGAGGCUGGGGCGCUGCCGGGGACAGCCCGCAUGGGACUGGCGGCGACGCGAGGGGGGCGGCGGCGGCAGCCGGGGCAGCAACGACCUGGGCCCGGCGCAGGGGGCCCGGCGGGGCGGCCGGAGAGGGGCGGGCCCCGGGCCCGGACCGAGGAGUCCAACCUCCACACCGAGCCCGAGAGGGCCGGCCUCGGGCCUGAGUCGGGGACCGACGGACAGGCUGAGCCUGAAGCAGCUGGCUCCGGGGCGGGGACGGAGCGGCCCAGCCAAAAGACGGAGCCAGGCAGGUCCAUCCUCCGGACACAUCCAGAAAGGAGCAGCCACUGGUCAGAACUGGAGACAGCCGGUGACUGGACGGAGACUAGGACAGAUGGCUUUUGGACUGAUCCACACAGGUCUGACCUCCAGUGUCAGCCAGAGAGGGCUAAUCUCUGGGCACAGCAAGGGGUUGAUGGGCCCUGGGCAGAGCUAGAAAUACAUGGGUCACAGACGCAGCCAGAGAGGGCCAAGCCCAGGGCUGAUAACCUCUGGACCCACCAGAACAGGUCCAGCAUCCGGACUCAGCCAGAAGGGGCCUCUCUCUCAACAGAGCCAAAUGCUGAUGGCUCUCGGAAAGAAUUGUACACUGAUGGCUCCAGGACACAACCGGAUACCAAAGACCCCUGGAUAGAGCAGCACAUUGAUGGCUCCCAGAUACAACAGGAUACGGAAACAACCUGGAAACAGCUUGACAUCGAUGGUUUCCCAGCACAACAAGAUACUGAUGGCUUCUGGCCACAGCCUGGCACUGAUGGACCCCAGACACAAGAUACUCAUGGACCCCAGACAGAGCCUGGGACAGACUGCCUUUUGGGGGAGCCCAACCAAGAUGGUUCGUUAGAGGAACCAGAACACGGGGAGUUGGUGACUCAUCUGUACUCUCACCAGGAGUGUUGCCCCCUGACCCCUGUGCCCCGCCUCAUCAUCACUCCUGAAACCCCCGAGCCUGAGGCUCAGCCAGUGGGACCCCCCUCCCAGAUUGAAGGGGGCAGUGGAGGCUUCUCCUCUGCCUCCUCUUUCGACGAGUCUGAGGAUGACGUGGUGGCCGGGGGUGGAGGUUCCAGCGACCCCGAGGACAGGUCUGGGAACAAACCGUGGAAGAAGCUGAAGACAGUGCUGAAGUAUUCGCCCUUCAUGGUCUCCUUCCGAAAACACUACCCUUGGGUCCAGCUGUCUGGACACUCCGGGAACUUCCAGGCAGGAGAGGAUGGUUGGAUUCUAAAGCGUUUCUGUCAGUAUGAGCAGCGCAGCCUGGAGCAGCUGAUGCGCGACCCCCUGCGACCUUUCGUGCCAGCCUACUAUGGCAUGGUGCAGCAGGAUGGCCAGGCCUUCAACCAGAUGGAAGAUCUCCUGGCAGACUUUGAGAACCCCUCCAUCAUGGACUGCAAGAUGGGCAGCAGGACCUACCUGGAGGAGGAGCUGGUGAAGGCGCGAGAACGGCCCCGGCCCCGGAAGGACAUGUAUGAGAAGAUGGUGGCUGUGGACCCUGGGGCCCCCACCCCCGAGGAACAUGCCCAGGGUGCAGUCACCAAGCCCCGCUACAUGCAGUGGAGGGAGACCGUGAGCUCGACCUCCACCCUGGGUUUCCGGAUCGAGGGCAUCAAGAAAGCCGAUGGGACCUGCAACACUAACUUCAAGAAGAUGCGGAAACUGGAGGAGGUGACAAAGAUGUUGGAGGACUUUGUGGAUGGGAACCGCGCAAUCCUGAAAAAGUACGUGGCACGCCUAGAGGAACUCCGUGAAGCUCUGGAGAACUCCCCCUUCUUCAAGACCCACGAGGUGGUAGGCAGCUCCCUCCUCUUUGUGCAUGACCACACCGGCCUGGCCAAGGUCUGGAUGAUCGACUUUGGCAAGACAGUGGCCCUGCCUGACCACCAGACGCUCAGCCACCGGCUGCCCUGGGCCGAGGGCAACCGCGAGGACGGCUACCUCUGGGGCCUGGACAACGUGAUUCACCUCCUCCAGGGCCUGGCCCAUAGCUGACCUGCUUGCUCACCAUCACGUUUAUUUAUUGGAUGGUGCCCAUGUGGCCGGAGGGGCCCCGAGAUGCAUGGGGGCCUGAAGCCCAGGGAUGGGAAAAGUUGCACUGCACACCACGCAGGACCAGUGCAGAAGAUGCAGAGGGCCUUGGCGAUCAGGUGGCACCGCACCCUCGGGGGCGGGGAGGUUGUUAAGAGCCCGAGAGGUGCGUGCCUGGCUGGGUCCUGCGGUGAGUCAGAACCAGACUGGGUCCCCUGACCAGCCAGGAAGGCUUCUGAGGGGCUGCAGAGGCCACAACUAAACCACACGCCCUGAGAGAACACAGUGCAUGUACUGCAGGGCACGAGCGUGACCUCAGGCCUGUCACCACAUGGAUGACUGUAACCUCGGCCUCCUCGUCAGCCCCUCCCUCUACGAGCUGGCCCCUCGCAGGCCCGAGAACCAGACCUCAUUUGUGAGCAAAUGUAGCAGCCCUUGGUUGGCCUGCCCGGGGGAGUUAUAGCCCAGUCUCAUCAUCUGGGGUCCCUCCAAGUGCUGACAGAGGCUUUGAGGGUGUGGCACCCUGGGACUGGCUUGAGAGCUGCCACCGCUGGGCAGGGCCCAGUUCACCCUGUCCUACCCGCCCUUGGCCCCAUGGGCUCCUGCCCUGCUCCUGGGAGAACUCUGCUGACCCCCCUGCAGGCUGAAACCACAGCCAUGUCCCAUGCCAGCACUGUGACCAGCACAACCUUGUUCCUCAGGCCUCAGCCUCAGGACGUCCUCCUUCUGCCCUUUACCCUUUUCUGUCUCCUCCCUCCUAGCGGACUGUGGCAGCAGGAAGGGCAUUCAGAAGGAAAAGGGAAAAGCAGGCUUGGGAACCAGCUGCCUUCCUCGGGAGGGCCCCCAUCCCUGGCCUCUGCUGUGAAGAGGCCCCGCUUGGGCCUGUGGUGCAGGGUAGGUGGGCCUGCAGCCUGGUCCAAACCAAAGACCCCAGCACUCUGAGGUGUGGGUGGUGCCCCUCUGUCCUCCUCCUGCUCCUAACUUUGGGUUCCUGGCCUACAAGGCUGGGCUUGGGGAGGACAGGUGCCCCCCCUCUCCCUUAGCCAAAGCUCUAACGUGGUCUUCCGGCUGACGUGUGCUCCUUUUCUACUGACCAUCUUUAUACUUAUUUAUAUGAGAGGUAGUUGUUAAGAGGGGGCAGCGCUGGGGAACAGGAGGCAAAACUGCUUCACUGCCUUCCCAUGACGACACCCCAAUAAACAGCACAUUUACAGUCACCUUUGUCUUUUGCAUCUGGGGUCUGUGGGCUCAAAGCUCGUAAUUGGAGCAGUAGCGCUGGGUGGGGUGAUGGGAUAGUGAUGGUCCGGUGUAGAGGCAGGCUCAGAGUGGGCGGGUUCAUUCAUCCGCUUCACCGAGUUGCUACUCUUGUGCCUG